AUGAAUGAGAUGACAGAGGAAGGAAUAGUCAGUGUGAUGAGUGACCAUCAGGCAGCGUCCAGCUCUCCAGACUGCCCUCAGUGCCCCCAACACAUCCUGACAGGGGCAGAGGCGGCCGUGUCCUACGCCCAGUUCUGUGAAGCAUUUGGCUUCUCCGUGGGGCCCUCGGGGGCCAGGGCCCUGCUGCUGUUCUAUGAGCUAUGGGGCCCCAGUGGGACCUUGGUGCAGAGGGGCCAGGCCAGCAACUGUCUUGCACAGGGUCAACACCCUGAGCCCCUGCUGUUUGACCACCAGGGCUACCUGUCCUCAGUACUAGAAGUGUGUGAGGAAGUGAGCUACAUCAUGCUGUACUGUAACUACACACCAUGCCAGGAGUGUUGUCAGACCAUGGCCUCCUUCUUGCUGCGCUACCCCUGGAUGCGCCUGGACGUGCUCUUCUCCCAGCUCUACCACACAGCCCCCAGCCAGCCCUACAGUCUGGACAACCAGACAGGCCUCCGCAGCCUGGCUGCCCUCUGGCCUCGUCUCACCCUCAGCCCCAUCUCUGGAGCCGCUUGGGGGCAUCUGCUAAGGUGUUUUGUUAGAGAUGUCCCACCGUCGGCCCUACAGUUCCCCCUGCUGCCUGAGAGGGUAGAGGCGGACAGGGUUAAUGCAAUUCAGAUAUCAGAUAUCACAGGCAUAGGCCCUGCCUUUUUGGACCUCCCACUGAGGACAGACACAGAGCAUGUGGAGAGAACCCACACUCCCCAAGCUCUCACCCUGCUCCCUCCCCCACACCUGACCACCUCCAUGUGCAUCUCCACACCCCACCCCAGGCCGCCUGGGCGUCUGGUGGAGAUAGUGUGGGAGGUAGAGAGGGAAGUGCGAACAGCAGUCAGUCAGUCCCAACACAGAGACUCCAAAAGAAGAAGAAGAUCCAGACGAAAAUAG